CUAGGGUGACAGUAUGUAAAAAAAAAAAACAUAAAUAAUAAUAUAAAAAAAAAAAAAUAGAUGAAUACAUUUUGGCCAAGAUUUAUGAAGAAAGAUUAUUUAUUAGCAAAAUUUUACAAGAAAAACACCUUUUUUUCAAAAUGUAUGGACUUUCAUUUAUAUAGAAAAAAAAUAAAAAUCCCAGUGGUGAAUAUAUACCACCAAAAUAAAGUUUUAUCUGUCUCAAAAAAAAUGCUAAAAAUUCAUAUGGGUACAGUGUUGCAUGACUGCGCAAUUGUCAUUCAAAGUGUGAUAGCACUGAAAGCUGAAAAUUGGCCUGGACUGGAAGAGGGUGAAAGUGAUCGGACUUGAAGUGC